GAGUGUCUUCCGGAAGACGUCUACCGUCCGUUUUGGCGCGGUCGCCGUUGACGGCAGACGGAAGCGUCGCUGGAGAGAGCGCGAGACGGUGGUGAGAAAAAAAAGGCGCGAAAAUUUUCACCUCAGCAGCGCGCGCCGAUUAAUCGAUGAGCAAUCGAUUGCAAUUGGCAAAACCGAUUGGAUUGCUGAGGUGAUUAAGAUGAGCGCCGUGGAGAGGGAAAUGCGGCAGUUCCUGACGAAUUACUUCAGGGGACGCGCAGACAUCAGCUCGUUGACGCUACGCAAGGUGAGGGAGGCGUUUCUCUCCGCCUCGUCGAGGAGCAGCCUGAAGGAGACGGAGCACAGCGUCUUUAAACGUCUCGUCCUGGACGCCCUGCGUACCCACGUGGCCCCCGCCUCAUCCUCCUGCUCGUCUGACGAGGAGCCUCUGGCACAGAUGCAGGGGCACAGUGAGGCCAAGGGCAGCCGCUCACCAGUGAGGAAGCGAGAUCGUGGCUCAGAGGGUGACUCCUCCGCCUCGGGUGAGUCACCCACUCACCCGGUGAAGAGACGAAGAGCGGAGUCACCCUCACCUGACUCAUCGAGCGUUGGACGGAAACCCAGAGGCAGACAAAAUGAAUCGGCUGCAGGCGGGAAGACAAAGAUGGCCGUGAAAACAAAGACGGCCGUGAAAACAAAGACGGCCGGGAAGACAAAGACGGCCGUGAAAACAAAGGCAGCCGGGAAGAGGGCACCGAAAAUGUCUGACGAUGAUGAUGAUGGUAGUGAUGGUAGUGAUAGCGAUGGUAGUGAUGGUGGUGAUGUUAAAAAAUCCGUUUCCAAACGUAAGAAAUCUUCCGUCACGAAGGAUAGCGAUGAUGAUGGUAGUGAUGGUGGUGGUGGCGAUGUUAAAAAAUCCGUUUCCCAACGGAAGAAGUCUUCCAUCAAAAAGGAUAGCGAUAGUGAUGGCGAUGUUAAAAAAUCUGUUUCCAAACGUAAUAAAUCUUCCGUCACAAAGGAUAGCGAUGAUGAUGGUAGCGAUGGUAGCGAUGGCGGUGGUGGCGAUGCUAAAAAACCCGUUGCCAAACGUAAGAAAUCUUCCGUCACAAAGGAUAGCGAUGAUGGUAGUGAAGGUAGUGAUGGUAGUGAGGGCGAUGCUAAAAAACCCGUUUCCAAACGUAAGAAAUCUUCCGUCACAAAGGAUAGCGAUGAUGAUGGUAGCGAUGGUAGUGAUGGUAGUGAUGGCGGUGGUGGCGAUGUUAAAAAAUCCGUUGCCAAACGUAAGAAAUCUUCCAUCACAAAGGAUAGCGAUGGUGAUGGUAGCGAUGGCGGUGGUGGCGAUGCUAAAAAACCCGUUUCCAAGCGUAAGAAAUCUUCCAUCACGAAGGAUAGCGUUGAUGAUGGUAGCGAUGGUAGUGAUGGUAGUGGUGGCGAUGCUAAAAAAUCCGUUGCCAAACGUAAUAAAUCUUCCGUCACAAAGGAUAGCGAUGAUGAUGGUAGCGAUGGUAGCGAUGGCGGUGAUGGCGAUGCUAAAAAAUCCGUUUCCAAACGUAAUAAAUCUUCCGUCACGAGGGAUAGCGAUAGUGAUGAUAGUGAUGGUAGUGGUGGCGAUGCUAAAAAAUCCGUUACCAAACGUAAGAAAUCUUCCAUCAAAAAGGAUAGCGAUGAUGAUGAUGGUGAUGGUGGCGAUGUUAAAAAAUCCGUUGCCAAACGUAAUAAAUCUUCCGUCACGAAGGAUAGCGAUGGUGAUAGUGAUGAUAGUGAUGGUAGCGAUGGCGAUGCUAAAAAAUCCGUUGCCAAACGUAAGAAAUCUCCCGGCGGCGGCGAUGGCGACGGAUCGAGCACGGAGGAGGAGGAGGAGGAGGAGGAGGGGGGGGGCGGUGGUGACGGUGUGGCCAGGAAGUCAUCCACCGGCGGAGGGAGACGCUCGCGCGAGCGAGGGAAGGCCGCCGGCCGUGGCAAGUCGAGCGAUGGCGGAGGCCGGGGGAAGGGAAAGUCGUCGAAGAAGGCGGCGGAAAGGAAGGUGAGAAAUCGCCCGCGGUGUGGCGGGCGG